CAUCUAGGCAACGGCUAACCCCAAUGCGGUAAAUAACACCCUUGCUGGUCCUCUUGAUGCUUUUGAGACAGCCCUCCUUGGGUCCGUCAGUAAGAUCGGAAUGGAGGCCUUCGCCAGCAUGACGCAAAGUCUCCUGCCAUGUGACAGUCUGCACUACGCUAUCAAGUCGGUGGUAUUCAUGGGUUGCGGGGCCUCGGGCCUGGCUCCCCGCAUCUUUGCCUGGGGUCUCUUCCUCUCCCUCUGCCUCUUCUUCACCUUUUUCAGCCUCCUCAGCCUGUGUCUGCUGUGGCGCGUGCAAAACCACCAGGCCAGGCGUUUCGCUAUCUAA